CCCGUCGGCGAGGGCGGCGCUGACGGGGCAGUGAGGCCUGCGCGCUCCGUCUCCUCAGCCGCGGAGGAUGAACUGGCUCUUCCCGCUCUCCAAAGGGGGCAGCGGCGGUGGGGCCGCCGCUUCCUCCUCGGCGGCCUCGGGGACGCCGCUGCCUUCGGCGCUCACCAGCCUCCAGCAGCAAAGGCAGCGCCAGAUCGAGUCCCUGCGCGGCGCCCACACAGCGAUAGCAGAAAUACAAAAAGAUGUGGAAUAUCGGUUGCCGUUCACUGUAAAUAACCGCACAAUUAAUAUUAACAUCUUUCUUCCUCCUCAGUUUCCUCAGGAAAAACCAGUCAUCAGUGUUUACCCUCCAAUACGACAUCACUUAAUGGACAAACAAGGCAUGUACGUGACCUGCCCGUUAAUAAGCAAUUUCACAAUGCACUCAGACCUUGGAAAAAUUGUUCAAAGUGUACUUGAUGAGUUCUGGAAGAAUCCUCCAGUUUUGGCUCCCAGCUCAACGUCGUUUCCAUACCUUUACAACAAACCGUCUGGAAUGUCUGCCUAUGCUCCUCAGAACUUUCAGUUUCUUUCGCCGUACUUAUCACAAGAUGCUAAUAGGUCAGUAGCAUCUGUGCCAUUGGCAGAAUCACUUACUUCAGGCUACACUACAGAUAGAGCUGCUGCUCCUUCCUUCGGCAUGAUAACAGAGUUACCCUUGCCUGUUCCAACAGCAGAAUUUUUUUCACAGUUUCAGGGGAGCCAAAAUGGGUACAGUUACAAGAUGCCUGAUGUUCCUGAAGUGUUUCCAGAACUUUCAGAACUUAGCAUUUCAGAGCUGACGGACAUGAACGAGCAAGAAGAUGUGCUGCUGGAACAAUUCGUUCAUCUGCCUCAGUUGAAGCAAAUCAUUAAUGAUAAGGAUGAUUUAGUGAAAAGUAUUGAAGAAUUAGCAAAAAAAAAUCUGCUGUUGGAACCUAGUUUGGAGGCGAAAAGACAGGCUGUGCUGGAUAAAUAUGAACAGCUUACCCAGUUGAAGGCCAUGUUUGAAAAGAAGAUGCAGAGGCAGCAUGAACUUAGUGAGAGUUGUAGUGCAAGCGCUCUGCAGGCAAGACUGAAAGUAGCUGCCCAUGAAGCAGAAGAUGAAUCGGACACAAUUGCAGAAGACUUUCUGGAAGGGAAAACAGAGAUAGAUGACUUCCUUAGUAGCUUCAUGGAGAAGAGAACAAUUUGCCACUGUAGAAGAGCCAAAGAAGAAAAGCUUCAACAGGCAAUAUCAAUGCGCAGUCAGUUUCAUGCUCCACUAUAGAUUUUUCCAUUAGUUUCCAAGGCGAGUGAACAAAUCCAGCAAAACACAUCUUCAUAGACAUUAUUUUGCAAACAAACAUUUCAUCAUGGUUGAAUUUCUAGAAGAGCCUGUCUACAGAGCGUGGAUGAUUUUUUUGUAUAGAGUAUCUUUAUAUGAUCAUAUUAUCCAAGAAAUCCUACUGCAAUUUUUGCACUAAUAUUUUCUGUGUUUAUUAUUGAUAAUAUUUACCAUGUUUAAGUUCCUGCUGCUGUCUUCAACUUUAUAGAUUAAAUAUCUGAAUAUGUACCUUC